ACACCUACUCCCUCAAAACAUAAUCCUGACAAGUUGCAAUUGCUUUAUUUAAUGAGACACAUAACUCUACUACUUAUCUAUUAUAAAAACACCAAACAUAACCCUAAAUCAAAUCACACAACCUUCUUUCUCAUCUCCCUAAUAAAGAAAAUCAAAAGAAAAAAAAAAAACAAUGGCUUUUUCCACCCUAGUCAUAACUAUAACCACACUUAUCUUCACAAUCCUCCUCUCCACCACUCCUCCAUCAUGCUCUUCCGCUCCUUCCCCAUUCAAGAAAAUCUACGCCUUCGGCGACUCGUACACCGACACCGGGAACACGAAAACCUCGACGGGCCCCACCGCCUUCAACCACGUCUCGAACCCUCCGUACGGCGUCACGUUCUUCCACCGCCCGACCAACCGCUACUCCGACGGCCGCAUAGUCGUCGACUUUGUCGCGGAGGCACUCUCGCUCCCCUUGCUGCCGCCCUACCGGAACCCUAGCGCCGACCGGUCCCACGGCGUCAACUUCGCGGUCGGUGGGGCCACCGCAAUCCGGCACGGGUUCUUCAUGAAGAACAACAUCACGUUCAACCUCGUCCCUCAGUCGCUCCAGACGCAGCUCGUUUGGUUCGACAAGAUCUUGGAGAGCGAUUACGGGUGCAAAGACUUGAAAACUACUCCGAGGGAGUGUCGAGGUGUUUUUGGCGAUGCGUUGAUUUGGCUCGGUGAAAUCGGGGCCAAUGAUUACACAUGCAGCCUCGGAUCUUCUCUUUCGGGCAAAAUCAUUCAAACACUUGCCAUAAAUAGUGUCACUGGCUUCCUACAGGCACUGAUGAACAAGGGAGCAAAGUAUAUAGUCGUACAAGGACUACCGCAAACGGGCUGCACCACGUAUUCCUUCUCACUUUCCUCCCCCGAAGACAGAGACGAAAUGGGCUGCGUAGCCUCCAUGAACAAGCUGUCGUCGGCCCACAACUCCGCCCUACAAGCCAAGCUCAACGUAAUCAAGAACCAAAACCCACAAGCCGUCAUAGUUUACGCGGACUACUACAACGCCCACCUCUCGCUGAUGAAGAAUUUCAAGAAACACGGUUUCAAGGAGCUGUACAAGGCGUGCUGCGGCUACGGCGGUGGGGCCUACAACUUUGAUGUGUUCAACACCUGCGGUUCGCCUUCCUCCAGUUCGUGCAGUAACCCUUAUGAGUACAUUAACUGGGAUGGAGCUCACUUGACGGAAGCCGUGUACAAAGUGCUCACGGAUUCGUUUCUUAACGGGACUUUCUGCAGCCCUCCGUUUCAUUAUCUGGUCAGCAAGAAGCUUCAAAAUUCUGUUGUGGAUUAAUUAGUUAUUUAUCCUUAGAUAAUAAUUAAUUGAUUUGUUUGUGUUUGUUGAGUACUUUUAUGUUUGGAAACAGUGUUAUUAGGGUUUCGUGUGUCUGGAAACAGCGCGUGUGUGCACUGUUUCACCUGAAUAAUUGUGUUUGUGUUCUUUCUUUUUUAUUUUUAUUUACCAGUACGUACGUACUGUGAGUCUAGAUAUAUUUAUUUAUACCUCCUUUUUGUAUAAGAAGUGAGACGUUUUUACUAUAUAUAUUUGAGUUGUAUUGUUGAUUGUA